AUGGUCGGCUCUCUUUCAGUCAUUACCAAGGGUUAUUUUUAUCCAAUGUGGUACUUGAUUACCCCCGCCAUGUUGCUUUACGUAAUCAUUACUGCUUUCCUUGGAUACGAUACCAUCGCGAACGCCUACCGAGAUGUUACUGGGGAUGAUCCAGACAGCCCGAUUCAAGUUUUUCCUAAGUGGAGCAACACAAUUGCCAUGCUGAUGUCGAUGACUCCAGCGGUGAUAAUUGUUGUCUACUUUGUCGCGUCCAUUCUCCUGAAGGGCCUUUCAUCUCUCAGGCCAUCCGACGAUUUCAUGUCUCAAAAAGAAAAGGAAGAACAUGGAACAGGAAAUCCGGCUUUCCGGGACAUUGCGCCAGCUAAAGAAGAACAGUCCCAUUUAUAG